AUGGCUAAUUUUUCUCUAAUUGAUACGGUGAAACCAUUUUUGCCAGUUUUACCAGAAAUCGAAUUACCUUAUGAGAAACUAGAAUUCGAUGAUAAAAUUGUCUACACAAUCGCUUCUGGUUUGAUUUAUUUAUUCUCUCAAUUUCCAUUAGCAGGUAUUCCAAAAGAUUCUGAAACAGGUAAAAUUCUCACUAAUGUUAAAGACCCUAUAUUUUUUUUGAGAGGUGUGUUCGCUGCUGAACCAAAUACUCUAUUAGAAUUCGGUAUCUUCCCAAUUGUUUCAACUUCAAUCAUUUUGCAAUUACUAGCAGGUUUGAAAUGCAUCAGAGUCAAUUUCACUGUUGAGAAAGAAAGAGAAACUUUUCAAAGUUUCAGUAAAUUGUUGAUCAUCAUUCAAUACUUUAUUCUAGCUAAUAUUUUCAUCUUCUCAGGUUAUUAUGGUGACAACCUACCAAUUGUCUCAAUUGUUUUAUUGAAUUUACAAUUAGUAGGUGCCGGUAUUUUUGCCACUUUAUUAGUAGAAAUCAUUGAUAAAGGGUUUGGUUUCGCUUCUGGUGUCAUGUCUAUCAACACUUUGGUUGUCUCGACAAAUUUAAUUGCUGACAUGUUCGGUGUUGCUAGUAUUAAAAUCAACGAAGAAAGUGAUGUUACUGAAUCUCAAGGUUCUGUUAUCUACUUCCUAAAUGCUUUCAGAGCAAAACACUUGACUAUCGUUCAAGGUAUCGUCAACGCUUUCCAAAGAGAUUACUUACCAAACCUAACAUCAAGUGUUAUUGUCUUGGCCAUUGCUGCUGUUGUUGGUUAUUUAUUUAGCUGUACACUCGAACUGCCAGUUAGAUCUACUAGAGCUCGUGCCAUGCAAAAUGUUUACCCAAUUCGUUUGAUUUAUGUCGGUGCCCUAUCCAUCUAUUUCUCAUACUCUCUAUUGUUUUACAUCCACAUUGCUGCAUUUGCUUUAAUUCAAAUUGUCGCUAAGAAUGAUACCUCCAACAUUCUCGCUAAGGUAUUAGGUCACUACGAAAUUUUUAACAACAUCUUAUACGUUCCAAGUUUCCCAUUGUCCUUAUUAGCCCCACCAAGAUCUUUUUUUGCUGGUAUAGUAGAACAACCAUUGACUUUCAUCACAUUCACUGCUUUCAUGGUCUACACAGGUAUGUGGUUUGCUCAUAAAUGGCAAAGAAUCUCUGGUGACUCUGCAAAUGACUUAGCCGAACAAUUCAAAGAUCAAGGCAUCACUUUAGCUGGCCGUAGAGAACAAAACAUUGCUAAAGAAUUAGAAAAGGUUAUCCCAGUUGCAGCUACCACUGGGGCCGUUGUUCUUGCUCUAGUCACUGUGGCUGGUGAAUACUUGGGUCUAAAGGGUAAAGCUGCUGCUGCUGUUGUUGGUGUUGCAGGUGGUUUCUCAUUAUUGGAAAUUAUUUCCCUUGAAUACCAACAGACUGGUGGCCAAAGUGCUUUAACCCAAGUUUUGGGUGUUCCAAGUACUUUCUAA